UGAAGCCCACAGUACAUGUCGAGGUCCAGCCCAGCCCAGCACACAGGACGCACCAAUCCAAAACCAUUUCCCCUUUCGCCUGGUUCCUGCCUUCCCCACGCCGCACCGCCGCCUCCGCCGCACCGACGCCGUCCCGCUCGUUCUCCUCCGCCGGAACCCACCGACGCACGCCUCGAAGCGGAGCAAAUCUCUGCCCGUCUCUCUACAGGAUCUGGACUCGGCUCCUGCUACUCCUCCUCCCUCUGUCGCAGGGCCGAGUUGCCGGAGCAGAUGGUGGGAUUUGGUAGCCUCGCGCCCAAGACCAAGAACCUGGUGGUGGGCGGCGGGCUGACAGGGUUCGUCUUUGGGGUGUACUACUACACCAUGAGAGCGGUUGGCAGCACUGAUGAGCUGCAGGUCGCCAUCGACAAGUUUGAAGACCUGAAGAAGGACGCCGCGGCCACCCCCACCGCAAACCCCUCCACCCCAGGCUCAUCGUAGGAAAAAACAUGCUCUUAAACUUUUGUUUACCUGUACCGAGCUUCUAAACUAGUUACCUCACAAUUUGUAUGAUGAUAAUGGGUCAUGUUAGAUAGAGCUUUUUAUGGCAUGGGCGAAGUCCAGAAUUAGUAAUGCUUUUGUGUUGGUUA